GUCAAUACACUGGUGCGAAUCCCUUGGCUGGCAGAUGGACGCCAGGUACCCUCACGAAUCAGAUCACGCAGAAGUACUUGGAGCCUAGGCUUCUCAUCGUGACGGACCCCCGCACAGACAACCAGGCCAUCAAAGAGGCUGCUUAUGCCAGCAUCCCGGUGAUUGCGUUGUGCGACACCGACUCUCCCCUGGACAACGUGGAUGUAGCGAUCCCUGCCAACAACAAGGGUAAAGAGUCCAUCGCGCUGCUGUACUGGAUGCUGGCAAGGGAGGUGCAGUACCUCCGUGGCCGCAUUCCUCGAAAUCAGCCUUGGGAUGUGAUGGUCGACUCCUUCUUCUGGAGGGAUCCAGAGGAGGUGAUGCAGGACGAGGAGCCCGAGCAUCACAUGUCCGUGUCUCAGAACUACGGCCACCCGCAGGAGUGGGCACCUCCGGCUGCCUGGGAAGGUGCUGGUGGUGGUG